AGUAUUCUGCUCAGCAGCUGACUGUUUUUGUGUGUAAAAUUAGACCGUUUAAAAAUAUGAUCUAUAACUAGAACCUGUGCCUGUAAUCUAUGGAGUGAUCCGACAACUGACAAGCGACAACAACAGAUGAACAACAGUUCACAGCUGUUUGAGCUGUUAUUCGAGACUUCCAGACUGUUUAAAUUCAUUGUUUAUUUAUACCUCUGUUUAGACAUAAUAUCCUUAAUAUAAAAUAAGAAAUAUGUUUGAACGGUGACGAUAUAACUAUACCUUUCGUGUCUUAGUUAUACCUUGCUUCGUAAUUUGCCUUUUUAAUAAAUAUGACUGUGAACUUCAGUAAUUAUAGCUUAGCACAAUGGUUUGCAGACCAAGAACAACUCAGGUGCGGCUAUUGCAAGAAUUCUUCAGGGAGUAUUUCUUAUGGCAUGAUGACUGAACAGUUGACAGUAGAAGAUUAUAAAGAUUUGAUUGAUCGAGGAUGGAGACGAUCAGGAAAAUAUUGCUAUAAACCUACAAUGAAUAAAACAUGUUGUCCACAGUAUACUAUUAGGUGUAAUGCACUAGAUUUCAGUUUAAAUAAGUCUCAUAAAAAGAUUAUUAAAAAGUUUAACAAGUUCUUAAAUGAUGGAAUUUAUAAUAAAAAUGAUUCAUUGAACCAACAGGAUGAAACUGAAGAAAUAGGAAUGACUGAACUCCAAGGUUUCAAUAAGCCUUGUAGUAUAAAUGUAAGCCAAUUAAUACAAGAAAAUAAUAUUGCAUCUGAAACAGCUGUUCAAAUUGGUGCUAGUGAAAAAGAACCUGAUAAAUAUUUUCCGACAGAAGAUGAUAGGAUGUCUCCAGCCGGCCAAUCAAAAUCAGAUACUAAAGAAGACAUGGGUAACACUUCAGAAAUUAUUAAACUCGAGAAGUCUUUUAAGCUGGGAUCUGGGGCAGAUCCUAAUAAACCUCCCUGUAAAAAAGCUAAGUUGUUAAGAUUAGAAAAAAAGAGGGAGAAAAUGUUACAGCAAGAUAAAAAUUAUGAAGUUACUAAUUCUGUUAGUACACAAAAGUCCCUAACUGAUUUUUUAAACGAUAUCUCCUCUACCUCACAACAUAAAUUAAAGCUAAAAUUAAUACCAACUAGUAUAUGUGGAUCUCAAUGGGAAACAGUAAAAGACAUCGAAUAUGAAUUAUAUAAGAAAUACCAAACAACAAUACAUAAUGACCCACCUGGGAAAUUAAGCAUCAAUAGUUUUACAAGAUUUUUAGUUAGUUCGCCGUUGAAGAUAGAACUCAUCAUGAUGACAGAAAGACAUUCAAGUUUUAGUAAAAGUGCGAAAUUGUACAUAAAAUAUCAGAAAUUGGUUCAUAAUGAUGAGUGCAAUGAAACUGACUUUUGUGAUUUUCUCGUUACAACACCACUAAAGCCAAAACCUUUUCCGGAAGGUGUGGAAGGUCCUGGAUAUGGUUCAUUUCAUCAACAGUAUUGGAUAGAUGACAAGUUAAUAGCAGUUGGAGUUAUUGAUAUUCUACCUGGAGCUGUGAGCUCUGUGUACUUUUUUUAUGAUCCAGAUUAUCGAAGCCUGACUCUAGGCACAUACGGAUCUCUGAGAGAACUGCAGUUAGUUCAAGAUCUGUGCUCCAAAGUACCAGACUUACAAUAUUAUUACAUGGGAUUUUAUAUUCACUCCUGUCCUAAAAUGCGUUACAAAGGAAGAUUGAAGCCAUCAUUUCUACUUUGCCCAGAAACUUAUAUUUGGCAGCCUAUUGAAAAAUGUUUAACGAAGCUAGAUGACAAUAAAUAUUCACGGCUUACUGAAGACCCAAAUGCCCCAGAUUGUAACUUGUGCAGUGCUGAAGAUACUAAAAGAAUUAAGGUUAUGUAUAACUUAAAAUUAUAUGAUGUGCAAACUUUUACAACGCUCUAUAAAGUCGACAAUGAUGUUUUUCAAACUAUAGCGAGUUUAAUAGGGAAAAGGGCUGCAUAUAAAAUAAUUUUUUGGAUUUCGUAAUUUUAAUCUAUUCUUUUAGCUUAAAAUAGCGUGAUAAUUUUAUCUAUUUAUUUAUUGAAUGUGGCAUUUUUAAGAAAUAAUUUAAAAAAAAAUUAAUUUACUGUUUAUUGCAGCUUUUAGGAUUUUACACAUACAUGUUUUAAUGCCCAUUGUGUAGACUGUAUUAAUUUGUAUUUUUUGUGUGAUUGUAUACCUACUAAUAUUUAAUGUUGUUUUAAAAAUGUAUGAUUUUAUAUAUUUAAUAAAACAACCCAGAGAAAAAAA